AGCUGGAGCACCUGCUGGAAAAGAGGAAGACCAUGGCUCUGAUGAAGAUGAUGAAGAAGAAAAUGAAGAUGAAGAAGAAAGUGAAGAAAGUGGUGGGGAAGAAGAAGAAACAGAAGAGGAAGAAGAGAAAGAGGAAAAUGAAUCUCACCUUCAAGCAGCAAGUAAAGAAUAUAUUGCUAUUGGAGAUUUUACUGCUCAGCAAGAUGGGGAUCUUACAUUUAAGAAAGGAGAAAUUCUUCAUAUAAUUGAAAAAAAACCUGAUGGAUGGUGGAUAGCUAAGAAUGCUAAAGGAAAUAAAGGUCUCAUUCCCAGAACCUACUUGGAGCCCUAUGACAAAGGAGGUCAAGAGUCAAGUGAAGAUGGCAGUGAAGAAGAUGUAGAAGUGGGGAAUGAUACAGCAGAAGGAGAAGUUAAACAAAGAACUGACUCUAAGUGGAGUGCUGUGCGAAAAGCUGUCUCAGAGCAGAUAAACAUUGUUGAUGUGUUAACCACAAUGGGAGCUAUUCCUGCAGGGUUCAGGCCUUCCACACUCUUUCAAUUUCUGGAAGAAGGGAAUCAAUUUCGAGCAAGUUACUUCUUACAACCAGAACUCACUUCUUCACAACUAGCCUUCAGAGAUCUAAUGUGGGAUGCCAAAACAGGAACUAUUAGGUCAAGACCAAGUCGUGUUUCAUUGAUUCUGACCCUCUGGAGCUGUAAAAUGAUUCCUUUUCCAGGAACAAGUAUCCAGGUUCUUAGCAGACAUGUACGCCUCUGUCUAUUUGAUGGUAACAAGGUCUUGAGCAACAUUCAUACAGUCAGAGCCACAUGGCAACCAAAAAAGCCUAAAACAUGGACUUUUUCUCCUCAGGUUACUGGCAUCUUGCCCUGCUUGCUUGAUGGUGAUUGUUUUAUCAGGUCUAAUUCCACAUCUCCAGAUCUUGGAGUAUUAUUUGAACUUGGAAUUUCAUAUAUUCGUAAUUCAACUGGUGAAAGAGGAGAAUUAAGUUGUGGCUGGGUGUUUCUUAAAUUGUUUGAUGAUAGUGGAAUCCCUAUCCCAGCAAGAACUUAUGAACUCUUCUUGAAUGGAGGCACCCCUUAUGAAAAAGGUGUUGAAGUAGACCCUUCAGUAUCAAGGAGAGCACAUGGGAGUGUUUUCCAUCAAAUGAUGACAAUGAGAAGGCAACCUCAACUGCUAGUAAAACUAAGAUCUCUGAACAGAAGAUCAAGAAACUUACUAAGUUUGCUGCCAGAAACAUUAAUUGGAAAUAUGUGCUCCAUUCAUCUGCUGAUAUUUUAUCGCCAAAUUCUUGGAGAUGUACUCCUUAAGGAUAGAGUGAGCAUGCAAAAUGCAGAUUUAAUCAGUAAUCCAAUACUGGCUACCUUCCCCAAACUCUUGGAGCAGCCUGAUAUAAUGGAUGCACUCAGGAGUUCAUGGGCUGAGAAAGAAAGCACGUUAAAAAGAUCAGAAAAGAGAGACAAAGAGUUCCUGAAGGCUGUGUUUCUCCAGGUUUACCAUGACAGCGUGCUCCCUCUCCUCCAUUCCACACUCCUGCCCCCAUUCAGGUGGGCAGAAGAAGAGACUGAGGCUGCACGAUGGAAAAUCAUUGCUGACUUCCUAAAACAAAACCAAGAAAACGAGGGUGCUCUCCAAGCUCUACUGUCACCAGAUGGAGUUCAUGAGCCUUUUGACAUUUCACAGCAGACCUAUGACUUCUUGGGUGAAAUAAGAAAAACUACAACCUGACAGUGGUGACCCUUGACCCUCAGCAUCCCACUGAAUCUAACAGAACCUCCAUAGUGAGCUGAAUAAAAUGACAGAACUUCAAGUAACUGGCACACUAUAAUUUGGGUUUUACUUUUUGUGUGUAUGUGUGUGCAGACUAUACUUUGUAAGAAAAUUUCAUCCAAUAAUUUGAAUAUAUUUUAAAAACAAUAAAAUUAAUUUUAUAAGGCA